GUACAAGAGACAUCCUUUUGCGCCAUUCAUCGCUCGCUGCUUGGCUUUGGCAUUGACCUAAAUAGGUUUUUUAAAUGGACGGUAUCCAAUUGGAAUUCCACCUGAUUAAAGUUUUUUGACACAGACUUUUACAAUGAUUUAAUUAUGCAAAACAGGAAGAUAUUCAUUGAAGCGUAAUUUUUUCCAUAGUGGGAAUAAAUCUGACGAUUUAUUCAAAAAAGAGCGGACUUUCUGGAGGGAAAUCAUUUCCCAAUGUGGUAGUAGCUUACUAUGGAAUUGCGAACGAAAUUUAGUUUGAAAUUUUUUAUUAUUGAAUUAACGAUCAAAUGUUGCCUAGAUGGAUGAGUGUUUUUUUGUUAUCAAUCUGGCUCAAUUUGAAUAUUGUCUCUGCGAUAAGCAAGGUAAAUAUUAAUUGAGUUCUUGUUGAAACCACUGCCUCAUGCCAUUAGAGAAAAGACGAAAAACACGUCAGUCGUUUCUCGAGAUCAUAACAAACAAUAGACCAAAGACAAAAGAUGUAUAUUUUCCAGCCAUUCAUCGCUGGCUGUUUAGUUUUUACAUUGACCACAGUAGUUUUUGUGAAUGGUCACAGUGUAGAUGGAUACUGUCACGAAUACUGUUAUAGUUUGGAUCACAUACGACCACAAACAGACUAUUUUUCAUCGAAAACAUCUUAUUUUGUAUCGAAGCGCCAAUACGUGGGUAAACACUUCAUAAUACCAAAUUGUAGUCCAGUUAAAAUUUGGUUAUAUAUUCGACAUGGAGCUCGUUUGCCAAAAGCCAAAGAAAUGAAGCACUUGAGACAGUUGGAAAAGUUAAGAGAUGAAAUUCUUGCGAAUCAUGAAAAAAAUAAUUCAACGCUAGCGUUCAGUGAAAUGUGUAGACCAGAUUUAAAAUUAUUAAAAGAAUGGAACUGGGAUCGAAAUAUAACGGAGAAAUACGAUGAAUUUCUCACGGAGCAAGGAUGGAAUGACAUUAAAACCAUUGCAAAGCGAUAUAAGCAGCUGUUUCCGAACAUUUUCGAAGACACAUACGACGAGGAAAAGUUUUCAUUCCGCUAUACAGACGUGCAUCGUACAGAGGCUAGCUAUAGAGCAUUUGUUGAAGGUUUAUUCGGUCUUGAUGCACACGAGUACAUCCACGUGCCGCCACACCAAGAAAAUAUCAAACUUCUGAAACCGUACAAGUUUUGUCCAACCGAUGAAGAGGAAAUUACGGGAAAGGAUUCUGAAUAUAGAAAAUAUUUGAAAUCAAAAACAAUAUCGCAAUUGGUCAUGGAUGUUUCGAAACGUCUUGGAUUUGAAUGUCCAUUGAAAAUGAGACAAGUGUUAAGUAUGUACGAUAUGUGUGUAUAUGAGCAGGCAUGGAAUUUAAGUGAUUCCAGUCCAUGGUGUGCAGCAUUCACUCCAUCACAAUUCUACGAUCUUGAAUAUCCCGAAGAUCUUCGUAAAUACUAUGAAAGUGGCCAUGGACGUGAAGCAAAUUCCCGAUUUUUGUGUGCACUUGUCAACGAUUUGCUCGCUCAUCUUGGGAAUGACGAUCAGCCAAAGGCCGUCGCAUAUGUAACACACUCAUCUAGUUUGUUGCUCCUGUUGACAUCACUGGGAGUAUUCAAUGAUUCCGAACCACUUCGAGCGGAUAGCUAUCAUCGCCUUUCCGAUCGGAAAUGGCGCCUUAGCAAAAUUGCACCAUUUGCAUCAAAUUUUGCCGCCGUUAAAUAUGACUGCCCAAAUGAUAUUGAGAGUGAAAAAGUGAAAUUUUUUAUUAACGAAGAACCAAUCGACUUUGAAUGGUGCGAUGCCGGUUUAUGCGAUUGGAGCGCUGUAAAAGAGCGAUACAAGAAAUACACCGAAGUUAAUUGUGAUGAAUAUUUCUGCAGUGGUACUAGUAAAUCUAGCGUGUUUUCGAUAUUUCUUAUAACACUCGCCACUUUAGCAGCCAUAAGUCUUUUGUUCAACAAGUAAAUGGUUCGACUGUUAAAAUAGUAAAUAAAGGAAUCUUCCGCUUGCCAUCUCGUGAUAUUUGUUCACGUGAUAAAUAUGCGUUCAACUUUUAAACGCAACGUUUGAAAGUAUUCCAUUGUUGACACAUGGAAUUGUACACUUGUUAGUAUUUUCGGUCUAUUUUGAUAAUGAAGAAUGAGACCAAAAACUUAUUUAUUCAAUAGAGUAAUAUGCCUGGAGUUUGAAUGUUUUUGAUGAAUAAAAUUAUUGUUUUGAAUAAAAGAUA